AUGGGGGCUCAUCGAAUAGCAGUAAAUUUUGGUGACAUUGAACAGAAGGCAGCUAACUAUGAUAGAGAAAAGGAGACUUUAAAAAGUUCGGAUGUGAAAGAAAUCAAAGAUAAGGAUGUUGAAAGCAAGAAUUUAACAACAAAAUUAUCGAAUCGUUUCUUGUUACAAGAAUUAGAAAGCAAGGCUGUACUAAAAAGUGCUUCUACCGAUAAGAAAGCGAACGUAGUGGAACGUCUUGGUAUGAGUGGUGGCAUUUCAUCCAACAAAGGACGAAUAAGUCAUUCCGUAGCAAGUGGUAUCAAAACUAUUCCACAAGAAGGCGUACCUAAAAAUUCGAAUCAAUUGAUAGUUGCUAGUAGUAGACUAGACGAUGAUUGGGAGAUAAUUGAAGAUGAUGAUACGAGGUUAAGAUCUGACAGAAAAACGUCAAACGUUACCGAAGAACGUUUCAUACCAAAAAAAACCAUUCAUGAUGAUUUCCUCGAUCACUGGGAAACGUCUACUUCAACAGACAUAACUAAGAAAGCUACGAAAGCGGACACACGUGCAAUUAUCAGUAAAUCAGUUGACGAUGAUACAUUGAAAAAAUUUGCUAAUGCAAAAGCAAUAUCUUCAGAUCAGUACUUUGGUGAUUCACAAAUAGAUUAUGAGGCGCAGUCUAGGCUGAAUCGUCUUGAAGGUUCAACUGGCAUUGGCAGUGAGGAUUUGUUCGGAAGUAAUGAAAAUAAUUCACGCUCUAGUUAUACCAGUCAAAUGCCUGAAAUGUCAGAUAUCAAAGAUAGCAUGAGAAUGGGUGCUAGCAAAGUAGCUGGUAAAUUGUCUUCACUUGGGAGUUCCGUUGCAUCUUAUCUUGCGGGUGUGAUACAAAGAAGUGCUGAAUGCUUUUCAUCAAAAUUGCGGUCCUAA